AUGAAUACAAAUUUGCAAUCCGAAUAUGCUGAUAUUGAACCUCAACCAUUCAAUAGGUCUUACUCAUGGCCAAGAAGACAAAUAAUUAAUCCUGAAGAGGCUGAAAGUAGUGGUAGUUCUAGCGAAAUUCCACUGGAAGAAAAAAAUAACUUUUGCCAUAGAAAUCCGUGGGGAAGUUUCAGCUAUGCAGAUUUGAUUACAAGAGCAAUCGAAAGUAGUCCUUUUAAGAGGCUAACAUUAGCACAAAUCUACGACUGGAUGAACCAGGAAAGGGGUAAAUAUUUUUUGUGGAUGUUGAAUUCCGAAGCACCUGGUAAGAAUGUUCGAAGGAGAUCCAAUUCUCUAAGCAUAAAUACUGAAGUUAAGAAGAAGGGAAAACUAAGAAAGACAUUUUUAAUUAUAAAAAAGUUGUUACCCGGAAUACCUGAUGGCCCUAGGGUUUCAAAAAAACUUGAUUUGCUACAAGAAACGGAUUAUGUUUAUUUUAGACCCAGGUCUAAUUCAAAUUGUUCCACAGAACAAUUAGCAGGUUAUCUCCUGCAAACUGCCAAAAUAUCGACAUGA